UAUAUGUAUUAUUCCAUAGACGUCUCUAAGAGGAACCUUAUAGGUGAAGAAAUCUCCCCAACUCAAACCCUAAAAAGGGAAUGAAAAAAAAAAAAAAAUCACAUAGAUGGAUUAUAGACGCGUAUACACAUGAGGAGAUGUCUAGAAAUCAUAAAAAGAACCAAAACUCCUUUUCUUUUUCUCGUUAACAAAGCAUUUUCUCACCUUUAAUUUGUCUUUGUUCUCCUUCUCUCUACUCACUUUCCUUACUGAUUUUGUGCUCUCUUCGCGUUUCUCUUUGGUCGUCUUGCUUCAUCUCUGUAGUUUUGCCUUUUUUUUCUUUGAUUCCCCCACCAAGUUUUUCCUUUGGGAGUUUUUCCCUAAGGAUCCAUUAAACUUUAUUAAAGAAGAAAGUAGAAAGAAAUAAAAAGGGCAUAGAGCAAUGGUUUUCUCAUCCAAUUGGUCACAGCCUACGAAUCCGAAUCAGCUUCAGCUUAACGAAAAUGGAAGUUUAGUGAAUGACCACGGACUACUUUCUCACCAACUUCCACCUUUCCCACCAAACCCUAACCCUAACCACCACCAUGCCGCUGCCUCCAGUGGUCUUCCGGCGAGGCUUGGUGGAUUCAUGGCGGAGAGAGCGAGCCAAACCAAAGCUCCUCGGCCUGAGGGAGCCCUAAAGUGUCCUCGAUGCAACUCCAUCAAUACUAAGUUCUGUUACAACAACAACUACAACCCCACUCAGCCUCGCCACUACUGUAAGGCUUGCCGCCGCUACUGGACACAUGGCGGCAAAUUGAGGGACGUCCCCGAAGGUGGACGCCGCCGGAGAAAUAGCAAAAAGAAUAAAAAUGAUAAUUCAAAAUCUUCUUCCACGGUCAACGCUCCGAGUUCUAGCUCAGGACAGCUAAGGACAAAACAUCAGUUCCCGUUUUUACCAACUCUUCAAAAUCUCACUCAGCUUGGAGGUAUCGGUUUGAACUUAGCUGCUGCUAAUGGCAACAACCAAGCUCACCAGUUCGGUCCGAGUUUGAUGAAUGAUUUAGGGUUUCUUCAUGUCGGAAAUGAACGAAACAUUCAUGACAACAACAACAGUGAAAACAACCUAAUGGGGCCUGGUGGAUUCCCUCUCUUCGAUCCAACGUCAGGAGAGGGAAAUAUUGGAAACGACGUCGGGUUAUCUUUUCCCUCUACUUCCAUGGUUGAUUCCAGUAUUUACCAAACAGGUCCGGUGAAGAUGGAAGAACAACCCAAUCUGGUUAAUUUGUCUAGACCGGUCUCCGGUUUGACACAUCCGGUGAAUCAAACAAACCAGUACUAUUGGAACAAUUCGGAUUUCUCGGGUCCUUCUUCUAACGAUCAUCACCAACUCUUGUGAGAAUAUUGGAUCGUCAAUAAAUAUUACGACGUGGAGGUUGAUUUACAUGACCAGGAAUGGUCAUGAUCAAAUGCAUGCAAACUAAAAAGUAUCUAAUCAGGUGUGGUAUACAACUUAAGAUCGUACUUAUAUGUAAUCAGGUGUGUCACAUAUAUAAACCUUUUUUUUUCUUUUUUUUUUUUUUGUAUUGUGUGGUUUCAUGGUUGAAUUGAUUCUGAAGUUAUUA